AUGAAUAAUUGCAUAACUGACAUUACUAUCCAGCAGGCCAUGCAGUAUCGGAGGAACAACAUGCAAGUACAGAGCAGUUUCAGUGGGCUCAAGCAUGACCACAAAUCAAGACAUCAUUAUCUGAUGCAGAGGGGAGCCUUCUCCCCAGAAGCGUCUCACUACAUGAGCUCUCUCCUGGUCAACUGCAACAUGACAUCUGCUCUUUCUUCUGCAGCAGCAAGCGCCUUCCUCCCUCUCCCCGCCCGGAAAACCCCAAACCAGCCGCUUUUCGGGGGGAGCAGAGGCCGAGGGCGAAAAUACAACCACAUAGCGAGUCCCGCGGCCAGUUUAAAAAACGUUUAUUAUUACGGCCAAAGCCUUUCAUGCUUAGCCGGGUGGGGCCGAGAAGGGAGAAGGAGCCCCAAAGGCUGGAAACCUGACAGGAAGGCGAAGAAGAAGGGAGCCUGCGGAGGAGCCGCCGCUCCUCCUCCCUUCCCUUCUUCGCGCCUUUUUCUCCUCAGGGCCGCCGCCGCCGCCAUUUUGGCCCCGGCAAAGCGGAGGAAGGAGAGCGCGCAACAGAGGUCUCCUCGGAGGAGCAAGGAAGCAGCAACACCAGAUCCUGAAACUAGCCCCCGGAAUGUCAAAGAUGCACUUCUGAUUCCAAACCAGCAGUUGCCAACAGUAAAAGAACAGCAGCAGAAGAACUUGGCUGGGGACUGGACUGCAAGAUUUGGAAAAGUGCACAUUGUUCAGUUCACAUACCGUAUAAGAAAUUGCAUAUUAGUUAGGCUCACCUUCAAAUACAACCUGAAUCGAGAUUCUACCCCGUCCUUCCCUGUGAUGCAUGCGAAGUCUGAACCUGGCAGCUUAAAAGGCAGCACAGAAUAGGAGGUUCUGCUGGCUUUCCAAGGGACAAACUAGAUGCUUUGCGGGGCAACCAAAUUUUAUUUGGCCCUGUUCAUGACUGAAGAGUG